UGAGACCAUGGCUCUGACUGUGUGUGUGCGGCGGUUGACAGGACUCCCAGGCACCCACGACCGACAAGUGAAGCUCAGCUUUCGGGGUUUUACCCAGAAAACAAGGAGAAUUCAUUGUGGUCAAGAAGCAGAUAUCGGUGAGCUAUUUCGUUGGCCACACUAUGGGGCUCCACUAGCUGGGGAGUGUUUGUCUGUGCAGGUAGUCAACUGCAGUCGUGUGUUCAGCCCCAGGCCUCUGGGGACCCUGGUGAUCUCCCUGCAGCAGCUACAGAGCACUGGGCAUUUGGUGCUGCGGGAGGCCCUAGUGGAUGAAAACCUGCAAGAAUCUCAGAUCCAGGUGGAGCUCGACCUGAGGUACCAGCCCCCAGAGGGGGCAACUGGGACCUGGGCAGAGGAGGACUUUGGGUCACCCACCCAGGACAGCUCAGAGCUGAUCAUCCCCAAUGUAGGCUUCCAGGAGUUGGAUCCUGGGGAGGCCCGGCUGGAGCGGCGGGCAGUGGCUUUGGGCCGCAGGCUAGCUGGAGGCCUAGGUCAGCAGGAUGAGGAGGAGAACGAGCUGGACCUGGAGCUAGAACUGGAGGAUGAGCCUGAUGAGGAGCUUUCUGGUGUCGUGUUCAGCCCCCUCAAGAGCAGAGCCCGGGGCCUGUCCCGUGGGGACCUUUUCCAGGUGUCCAGAAUCCAGGACUUCCAGGUGGGGGUCACGGUGCUCGAGGCCCAGAAGCUGGUGGGAGUCAACAUUAACCCCUAUGUGGCCGUGCGCGUCGGGGAGCAACGUCGAGUGACCGCCACGCAGCGCGGGACCAAUUGUCCGUUCUACAACGAGUACUUCCUGUUCGAAUUUCUUGAGACCCGGGAUCGCCUCCAAGACUUGCUGCUGGAGAUCACGGUGAGGGGGCUGGAGGUGGGAGGUUUCCGAAAGAGAAGGGGGUAGUGCUGCAGUUCUAGAACGAAUACCACUUCCCUCCAGGCUUUCCAUUCGCAGACCCUCCCCUUUAUGGCCACCCGGAUAGGCACCUUCAGGAUGGACCUGGGCAUAGUCCUCGACCAGCCAGACGGCUACUUCUUCCAGAAAUGGGCUCCGCUGCACGACCCCCGGGAUAUCCGUGCCGGGACAAAGGGUUUCGUCAAGGUCACCUUGUCAGUGAAGGCGCGAGGGGACCUGCCCCCUCCGUUGCCACCCCCGGACCCCGGGCACAGUUCGGACAUUGAGAAGAACCUGCUCCUGCCGCGCGGGGUGCCGGCUGUGAGGCCGUGGGCGCGGCUCCGCGUGCGCGUGUAUCGCGCGGAGGGCCUUCCCACACUGCGCCCGGGACUGCUGGGCAGCCUGGCCCGCGCUCUGCAAGACCAGCCUGUCCUCCUGGACCCCUAUGUGCGGGUGUCUUUCCUGGGACAGCAGGGCGAGACGUCGGUGCGCGUUGAGGCGGCUGCGCCGGAGUGGAACGAGCAGCUGAGCUUCAUGGAGCUCUUCCCGCCGCUGACGCGCGGCCUCCGUCUGCAGCUGCGGGAUGACGCUCCCCUGGUCGACGUGACCCUCGCCACGCUCGUACUGGACCUGAGGCAGAUUUCGCACCCGGGCCGCGCUGCGGGGUUUAACCCCACCUUCGGCCCGGCCUGGGUGCCCCUCUAUGGCUCGCCCCCUAGCGGGGGGCUCCGGGAUGGUCUUCAAAGUCUCAAUGAAGGCCUUGGCCAAGGCAUUUGGUUCCGCGGCCGCCUGCUGGUGGCUGUGUCUACGGAGGUGUUCGAAGGGAGAGCGGAAUCCGAGCCUCCUCAGGCUCCACAGGGUUCCAGAUUGUCGCGGCUCACAGGGAAGAAGAAAGCAAGGCGGGGCCGUGCGCCGACGGGGCUCCCGCAGCACCAGGACGCCAGCUCCAGUGCCGAGGGGCCUGAGAUUCCUAGUGCCAUGGAGGUGGAGGUGGAGGAGUUGCUGCCGCUGCCAGAGAAUGCCCUGGCCCCCUGUGAAGAUUUCCUGCUCUUCGGUGUGCUGUUCGAGGCCACCAUGAUUGACCCCGGCGUGGUCUCCCAGCCCAUCAGCUUCGAGAUCUCCAUCGGUCGCGCGGGUCGCCGGGAGGAGCCAUUGGACCGAGGGCCCAGGGCCGGGGAGGGAGCGGAGGGCGCAGCGGCCGAGGCGCAGCCUCUGCUGGAGUCCGACGCGGGGGCCGGGCCGGAGGAGGAGUUGGGGAUCCCUGCUCAGCGGCCGGAGCCCAUGGAUGGCAGCGUGCCGUACUUCUGCUUGCCCCUGCGUCACCGCAAGCCGUGUGUGCGCGUGUGGAGCCUCUGGGAGGAUCACACGUGGCGUCUGCGGAGCAGCAAUUGCGUGCGCAAAGUGGCGGACAGGCUGGACCAGGGACUGCAGGAGGUUGAAAUGCUGCAGCGCAGGCCAGGACCCGGCGCCUGCGCGCGUCUCAAGCAGGCGCUGGAAGAGCUGGUGGCGGGGAGCAGACAGUUUUGCCGCGGGGCUGAGCGCAGGACUAUGACCCGACCUAAUGCCCUGGAUCGCUGCCGAGGGAAGCUGCUGGUGCAUAGCCUGAGCUUGUUGGCAAAGCAAGGACUGCGGCUUCUGCGGGGCCUGAGGCGGGGCAACGUGCAGGAGAAGGUAGCAUUGACCAAGAAGCUCCUAGCAAAACUGUGCUUCCUGUCCCAGGAGCCCCAGCCACCCCUCCCUGAUGUGCUGGUCUGGAUGCUCAGUGGACGGCGCCGUGUGGGCUGGGCCCGGAUUCCCGCUCAGGAUGUGCUGUUCUCUGUAGUCGAGGAGGAGCGGGGCCGAGACUGUGGGAAGAUCCAGACUCUGCUGCUCACAGCACCUGGGGCAGCCCCUGGUGAGGUCUGUGCCAAGCUGGAGCUCUUCCUGUGGCUGGGGCUGGGCAAACAAGCCAGAGUCUGCACCUCCGAGCUACCCCCGGAACUGCUGCCUGAGCCCUCAGCUGGGCUCCCUCAAAGCCUGUACCGGGACGACUUUAGCUACUUCCAGCUCCGGGCUCACCUGUACCAGGCCCGAGGUGUGCUGGCAGCAGAUGACAGUGGCCUCUCGGACCCCUUUGCUCGAGUCCUCAUCUCUACCCAGUGUCAGACCACACGGGUCCUGGAGCAGACGCUGAGCCCCCUGUGGGAUGAGCUCUUGGUGUUUGAUCAGCUGAUUGUGGAUGGGAGGAGGGAGCAGCUGCAGGAGGAGCCUCCAUUAGUGGUUAUCAGUGUCUUCGACCACAAUAAAUUUGGCCCCCCUGUGUUCCUGGGCAGGGCGCUGGCCACCCCGAGGGUGAAGCUGGUGGAGGAUCCAUACCAGUGCCCUGAGCUGCAGUUCUUCCCCCUGAGGAAGGGGCCCCGGGCAGCUGGAGAGCUCAUUGCCACUUUUGAACUCAUUGAACUGGACUACAGUGGCCGGCUUGAGCCCUCAGUGCCCAGUGAUGUGGAACCCCAGGACUUGACUCCCCUGGUGGAGCCCCUUUCCAAACGCCUGUGCCUACCACCCAGUGUGCGCCCCGUGCUCAGGGAGUUCCGUGUUGAGGUGCUGUUCUGGGGUCUGAGGGGCCUCGGCCGUGUGCAUCUCUUCGAGGUGGAGCAGCCCCAGGUUGUGCUGGAGGUGGCCGGGCGACGUGUGGAGUCUGAGGUCCUGGCCAGCUACCAGGACAGCCCUAAUUUCACUGAGCUCGUCAGGCAUCUGACAGUGGACUUGCCAGAGCAGCCUUACCUGCAGCCCCCUCUCAGCAUCCUGGUGAUUGAACGCCGGGCCUUUGGCCGCACAGUCCUCGUGGGUUCCCACAUCGUGCCCCACAUGCUGCGAUUCACACUCCAGGGUCAAGAGGAUCCUCCUGAGGAGGAAGAAGAGGAGUUGGUGAGAGGGGAUCUGGUGCCCAUGGAACCUCAAGAAGUCCCUGGAUCCCUUUUUGGCUGAAGUGGGAAUACCCAGAAGGCUCCUGAAGGCUCCUCUGAAGAAGCUGCCCCUGGGAGGGCUUCUGAAUCAGAGCCCUGAGCUGCAGGAGGACAUCCCAGAUCCUGAAGAGC